AUGAGCAGUAUCAAGUUAGUGAUGUAUGUUAUGUUCAUUAUGGCAUUUUUGGCAUCGUAUUGCACUGUACGCGGAAAGAAAGGUUUCACCCAACCUGAUAAGAAACGUAAUUGUAUUUCUAUUGGUGGUCUGUGUAACGAUGUUUCUGAGUGUUGCGAUAAUAGAGAUCCUAAUGUCGGUCAUUGUGUUUAUUGUCGCAAGAGCUGGCCUUUUGGUCGUCAGUACCGUUGUGAUUGCAGUUCCAGUGGUGCUGUUACUACUAAUGAGGAUGGUAUUGUUAAUAGUGAUCGUUGUGAUGGUUUUGAUCGUCGUCGUAAUCGUUGUCGUGUUAGUGUUGCUCCUCCUAAUAAUUGGCAUGCUCGCGGUAAAAAAAUUCGUUUCGAAACAAACAAAGAUGCUGCGUAA